CACUGACAUCAGUCGUUAUAGCAACGUAAAGGACAAACAUGAUUAAUGAAGAUCAAGCAGCAUCAAUACCCUCAAACUUAUUGUCUACGCUGAAGCAGGACUCUAUUCGAGUAAAUACUUCUAGUCAUAAGGGGUUUAAAGCAGAAAAAAAAGUAUCUAAUGUCAAGCUUCCACCUCUAUCAAUUAUUACUACUCAGCUGGACAAUUCACCAGGGAAUUUAUGGAACCAUCAGAAACAAAGACAAAAACUUAAAUACCUAACAGAUAGCACUCAAUGUGUUUGUGGUGCUGGAAAGGAUAUCUCCUUUCUAUAUGAUGCAAGUAGCAAUGGUAUACGUGUUGCUCCACCAACAUCGACUAGUGCCCCAGAAUCUCUUAUUCCGAAUGAAUAUCAUAUUGUAAAACACUCUGGAGUUGUUGGAUUAGAUCUCUUUGAUGAUCCUUACUCUGCUAUAGCUGCUGCUCAUGAGCGACAUGAUACCAAGUUUCCUUCCAUGCGACCAACAGGCAGACAAGAAGUGAUGCAACUAAAAAACACACUGGAUCAAAUGAUAGGAAAAGUCGGUUUAGAAAGUUAUAUUAAGCACAUGGAAUUAACAGGGCCUACCCAGAUGCAUAACUUGAUACACUUGGUCAAGAAAGAGCAAGAAGUUUACAAUAUUUGCUUUCAUGAAUUAAUUAGACAGGUGUCUGUUCAUUGUUCAGAAAGAGGUGCCCUAUUGGCAGAAGUGAGGCAAUGCUACUCAAAUUUACUAAAUAAAAUACCUCAUCAAGUUAGAAGUCUUCAUGAUGAAGUUAUAGCUCAGAGAGCCUUAGACAGGAAACUUACAACAGAGCUUUGUAGAUUUCAUCAAGUAUUAACAAAAUUAACAUGUGAUUUAUGUGAAUUGCGGGAUCAUAAUGAAUUAGCUGGAGAAGAAAUUGAAGAAACUAAAGAUAGUUUACUGCUUGCUUUGUCUGAAUCUGAGAAAAAUGCCAACUUACUAGUUGAAUACAGCAAUCUUUAUGAGCUCCAGCGCAGUCGAUUAGAAAAUCAAAUUGAACAUUUGUCAAAAGAAAAAGAGUUAUGGGAGCAGACUUGUUAUUACCUUGCAGUAGAAGUGGCUAAUCAUUAUCAGCUUGAAUCAGUUCGACAACUUCAAUUAAGUGGAAAGUCAUGGGAAAAGUUGGCGAGUCAUUUUGCAAUUUUAUUUUCAGACAAGAAUACAAAACAGCUUUGUAUUAUUCAGCAAGAUGUUCAGAAGUGGAGAAGAGAUUUGGCUCUUUUCUUACAUGACUUAAAAAAUAUAGAAGGACACUUAAUUACUGAAUUAAUGGCAGUUUAUGACGGUAUGAAUUCAUGGCUAUUGAAAUUGAAAGGUUUUAAGGAAUCUGCUUCUGUUCCAACUGAUGUAAUGGAGAAAACUCAGAUUGAGGAGCUGUGGCAGGCACUGACUAAUUGGCUUACUGUUUUGAACCAGCUCUCAGAAAUAUUUUCAGGAGAGACUCUUAUGAAUCGCAUUGAUAAGCUACAACUCCUUGAGCACAAUGUAUCAGGAUGGAAUGAAAUAGCGUUGUCAAUCUUACAGCGCCGUGUACAAUAUUCAGUGAUACUGCAAGGAGAUGCUCCCAUUGGAGCAAAAGAUGCUCAGAAAGAGUCUGUUACUGAACUGAUGGGUGAUGUCAAUUCAUGUAUGAAAGCACUAUCACUAAGGACAUCAGGAGAAAAUGGAAUUGCAGUUGCUUUUGUUCGACUUAUAACUCCAUUGGAAUCAUGGGAUACCACUUUUAAUUUAAUACUUCACAGUGGGAAAUCUUUCAAUGAAUCCACAUACUUAAAGUUAACAUCACAACUCGACCAAUGGUUAUCACACAUUUCAGUUGCUUUGGAUGGCCUUUCUUCCCUUAAAAUACAUAAUGAAAACCAAAGCUUUGAUGAUAUCCUUUCUAAAGCUGACAAAUGGUGUUCUAUUUUCUGUCACGGAGUUCAAGUUGAUGAUAGCCAUGUGAUGGAACAAGUGUCUCACUUGUAUGGUUCAAUUAUGCAGUGGAUGACACAAAUACUUUUAACAAUUACAAAGAGCAAGUCAGAUUUUGAGUCUGUUGAUAUUGACUCUAAAUGUAAAGUUUUAUGUGAAAAUCUUGCUGCAUUCACUGAAGCAAUUGUGAAAAGCUGUCAUUUUCUUUUUGAAAACGAUGAGUUCCCUGAAAUACAAGACAUCAUUGAUGAAGAAACUGGGCAGCUUCAAACACUUCAAGAUGAAGCAAAGAAUUGGAUACGACUGUCAAAGAUAAUGACAGAGUUAGAGGAGCGAGAGAAAAUAAUAGAAAAAGUAGCUCAGGAAAAGAAGCAACCUAGUCCUCCUAAGGAAGAUGCAAUACUAACUAUUGGUAUUGAUGACAAUGUCACAGAAGCAACGGAGCAAAUAGUAGAUAAACAGUUUGAGAGCCAAGAGUUAGAUCUAUAUACAGAACAAGAUCUACCAGAAGGAAGAGGAGGUCAGCUAGAAGAAACAGAAAAACUUGUUAUAGCAAUGGACGAAUUGAAUUCAAAGCUAAGCACGGUACAAGUUGAAGUGACUGCAGAAAAGGAACGAGCUGAUAAAGCAGAGAAACUACUUCAAGCUGCAGAGAGCCACAUUGAGCAGUUAAUGUCUGAGUUGAAACAAAUGAAGGAAGAGUCAAUUGAGCAGGCUUCUGCUAAUAAAAAAGGCAGAAGAGCAAGAACAAAAUCUAGAGAUAUAAAGAUGCUAUAAUUAUAACCAGUAACAACCAAAAUAAUAUUAUUAUGCAAUACAGAAAAAAUAGUCAAUAAUAAUAAUAAUAAUACUUAUUGAUUUUACUGAAUAAACGUUUUAACUGCUUUACG